AUGAAUGGCGGAAAGGACUGUGAGGCGGGAGAUGAGAGGCAGGCUGUCCCUGUCCAAGUCCCCAUUGGCUGGCAGCGCAAGAGGGAGCACGGUGCUGUCCAGUAUGUCAGUCCCAGUGGCUCCGUGCUCUCCAGUAUGGAUCAGGUGAAGAACUAUCUUCUAACAGAUGGAACCUGCAAAUGUGGUCUGGAAUGCCCACUUAUCCUCCACAAGGUGUUUAACUUUGAUCCGGGGGCGGUGGUCAAGCAGAGGACAGCGGAGGAUGUGAAAUCAGAUGAAGAUGUCACCAAACUCUGUAUACACAAAAGGAAACUUCUGGCCGUGGCUACACUGCACAAGAGCAUGGAGAGUCACCCUCCUCUCACACUAUCAAGUCCUGUUGGAGGUACAUCAUCUGUGGUUGUGUCACAUUCCGCUACUCAUCGAGCAAUAAGGACAAAACCCCAUGAUGUCCUUCUCAAUGCUGCCAGCCCGGACAAGAUGGGGAUGACAGCUGGCCACCAACAGCAGAUUUAUCCACCUCAGGAGAUUGGUGGAGGCCAGCAACCAGAGCUCUGUGCUGGGUACUCAAGGCCACAGAGGUUACAGAGUUGUGAUCCUGGCCCCAAAUCCCCUUAUCGGGUUGGAUAUGGAGGCAUGUUGAGCCCACCUAUCUCCAACUCUAAACUUUGUGCAGAUGGCUCACAAUCACCCUGUACAGACACUCUGAGUAGUCCGGAAGGCUUUCAAAGAACAAAUUCCUGUGCAUUUCCAGGAGCUGGUAGUCCCAGCACACCUUCCAUCCAUGGAAACUCCAGAACACCUCUUUCUCCACCUAGCAUAAUGCUCCAUGGCUCUCCUGUGAGUCAAGCAGUCUGUGCCAUGACAGGAAGGACUAGCACACCGCUGUCACCCACAGCCACUGCCAAAAGCCCUGUCAUGAACAAUAUGCCUCGUGGAAACUUCCCCUAUGGUAUGGACAUGCCCACUGCAGCUUUCUACCAUAAACCACAGGCACCUGUGCAUCCUGUACCACCGCAACCUCCUUCUGUGCCACCCUGUGUCCUGCAAAAAAGACAGUUGACAUCUGAAAAAGAUCCCUUAGGCAUCCUGGACCCUAUCCCCAGCAAGCCUAUGAGCCAGUCCCCAGCCAACGCCCCCAACUUCCAGCCUAACAUCCACACUCAGGUAUCAAUGAUGAAUGUAAACAUCCCCCCUCCUGCCAUUGUUCCCUUGCCAAGUAAUUUACCUUUGCCUACGGUGAAGCCCGGGCCCGUGGGACACGCUGGCCAAGUUCAAAGGACUCAACAGAGCGGUCCAGCUUCCUCAAUGUCGCCAUCCCCAGUCACCUCUCCUGUUCACAUGGUUGGAAGAGUGGAAGCCUCACCCCAUCGCUCACGCUCUUCUUCAACCUCUUCUGACCACGGGAACUUUGCAAUGCCAUCAGGGCAUCAGGCCACGUGCAGCACUAUGAAGAUCCCACCUCGGUCCCCCAGAUCGGCCAUGGGCUCUCCCAGGCCAGCAAUGCCCUCCAGCCCCUCCACCAACAAAAAUGACAUAAUACACCAGUACAGAGAUCCCCAGCUGCUUUCCUCAAUAGGCACACUUCAGCACAACAACUCCAUGUACUCGCCCACCUCAUCCUCCUCUUCCUCUUUGCCUACGCCGAGCGCUUCCCACAAGGGCCAGGCAGGGCUGUUGAGAAUGCCUAUAAACCAGAUUCUCAACCAACAGAAUGCUGCCUCCUUCCCAGCCAGCAGUCUCCUGUCAGCAGCAGCCAAAGCACAGCUAGCACAUCAAAACAAACACAGCACUACUGGUGUGGCUGCUGCUGGUAUAGCAGGGGCUGGAGGAAAUGGGGGGGGUGGCGCUCACUCUGGCUCAAUAAGCAGUCAUCCAGACAUGGAAGGACACAGCACUUUAAACCCUAUGCUCCCGCCAAAUUUCAACAUGCUGCUCAACUGCCCUGAGGGUCAGAGCGGUCGAGCGGCUCUGAGAGACAAGCUAAUGGCUCAGCAGAGGGACCCCAUACGCAAACGAAAGCAAUCGGCAGGUGGCACACCAGUCAACCACGACGGCAGCAACAACAACAACAACAUGGUCUAUCACGUGAUAAACAAACCUAGUAUGGGAGGACAGCAAAUGUUAGCUCCUGGUGCAGAGCAAAUGCGGAAGGUUAGUCGUCUCGGAAACCUCCCACCAAACACUUCCAUGGCCCAACUCCUCCAGUCUAUGAGCAAUCAGAGCUCCCACAACAUUGGCGCCAACAGCCACCACCCUGGCCUCAGCCCAGGACCUCCGCUUCACUUCAGUGACUCUACAUCCAAAGUCCCUGGUGGUUCCCAACAGAACCUUAUAAGCCAACAGAGGCUUAGGGUCGAUGGCUUGCAAAACUGUCAGAACAUCGAUUCCGCUGGGGGUCACUUGGGGACACGAGCAGGUCAAUUCCCUGAUUUCAUGGGUCAGAUUAAGCCCCCUACCUUGAAUAACUGUGGGCCUAUGGUUAACACUAACACUAGUAGGACUGGACUAGUAGGCCCUGAUGGCAUGCCAAUCGGACGCCCGCACACUAAUCCCCCACCACUAUCGCAUUCUGGACCUCAUCCCUCGCAGCACAACCUCCAUCAGAAUGUUGGGCAGACUGAUAUGGUGGUGAUGCCGGGCGGAGAUGGGAGCUGUACCAAGAACAUUUGUGACACAGGGAACCUCGCUUCCCAUGGCCUGCAGCCUCAUGUCAACACUGGCAGAGGACGGAUGUACAAACACCAAGUCAUGCAGCAGAGUGGGGUGUCCCAGCCUGCUUACCCGGGUCAGCAGCACUUCUCGGACAACCCACCGUACACAGACAGCAGCAACACUAACGGGGACUCCAUGGUUUGCCUCUACCCGAAUUACCAGCAAGGGAUGAUGCUACACCCCCAGUUUACUGAAGGACAGCCCCACCAAGGCGAAGGCUUUCGAGCUGGAACACCUGGCUCUGACAGGGCCCCUGGCAGAGGCUCUGAGACCGUGGAUGCCAUCUACAGAGCUGUGGUCGAUGCCGCCAGCAAAGGGAUGCAAGUAACCAUCACCACCACAGUAAGUGGGACCACACAGGCAAGCCCCAUGCCCGCCCUCAGCGCCAUGAGUGCCUUUACUGCCUCCAUUGGGGAGCCCGCCAACCUCCCCCAGGUGGUCAGUGCAGUUUUGCAUGGGGAUGGGGAGGUUUUAGCUCAGCAAGCCCGAACCCGACAGGUGAGGCAAACUGGAGGUCAAAAGAACGUGGAUUCAGGGAAGAACAUGACCGAUGGCUCAGAGGUCGAUGACUACUUCAGGUCCCCUGGCCGUGGAACUCCCAGGGCGCAGUGGGAUGGGGAAAUCCAUAGUGGUGGCUUCGAUACACAUGGCAACAGUGGUGUCUGGUGCGGUGAGGAGUUCCUGGAGUGCUCCACCAAGGUUAGAAGUAGUCCCUGCAUGGAGCGACCUGCUCCUUUGCACCCCGCCCCACCCUGCUCCACUAAUGGCUCCAUCGAUCACAAUGUAGUGCCGGGUCAUGGAAAGACCUUUCUUGACGAUGGCUACCGCGUCAACAACUGCAGCAGGACACCCGCUAACUACAAGGAGCGUCUAGAGCAGACUGCGGAACGUUGUGCUCACAUUAAUGGCACUACGCCUCUCUUCAACACCCGGACUUACGGCGAGGUUCUCGGACCCCCCCGACAGGAACUAACUGCUGACGACCAGUCUCCCAGCUCGUCCACGAGCCUUGAAGGACCUCUAGCCAGCUCCAAAGACUACAGUCACUACAACGGCCACUUCAACGGGAUGGCGCCCAGCCCUUCGGACACCAAGAGUCUGAGCAGCGAAGAAGACCUGCGGCAGCCGGACUCGCCUUCAUCGGAGCUACUUCACUAUCGUUCCAGGACCUUCAAUAUGGGAGAGCUAGUGUGGGGCCAGCUAAAGGGCUUCCCCCCCUGGCCAGCCAAGCUGGCUGGGGAUGAACAUGUGCACAGUGCUGCCAUGCAACUGCGAGAUCAGGCCAAGGUAGAGCCAGAGAAGCUAAAAACGUUAACACACGAUUUGGAGGCACUUGACCGAGCUGCCAAAAGAGGCUUGAAGCCUGGGAAACUAAAUAAUCACUUGGAAGCUGCUAUCCACGAGGCCAUGAGCGAACUGGACAAGAUGUCGGGCACGAUCCCGUCAAGAGAUCGACAGGUGAAAAUGCCCAAACCCAAAAGGAGGAAGAUCUCCAGAUAG